AUCGUCUUGUCGAAGAAAAUGUUCAAACGCGCAAUCUUCCUUCCUGUCCCUCGCGGCUCACUGUUCUUAAAUAUAGGCUCGCGUACGAAACGUGCAGCUAACCGGCGCCAAUGACCUAAUCUAACUCAACUUUUGCCUCAAACACCCAUGAUACACUUGUCGGCUACAUGAUUCCCGAGGCCAGCAUGCGCAUCCCAACAUCGCUUCGUCCUGGGAGCUCAAUUCUUCAACUCUCUCUUCAUCGUCGUCCUCUCCAUUGUCCUUUCUUCUUUCCAGCGGCCCCGUGACGCUGUUCAAUGCAUCACAGUCGCUGCUGUCACAAGUCACAUCGGACGGAUAGUCUCCCCCCUUGCACGACUGCUGCAGGCCCCGCACAGCAGCCCACCAGCGGCCAACACGUUGAACCAUGGCCAUUUUCGUGGUGCUACUGAGCGUCUUGAGCGCUAUUACUCUGUACCACUGCGUAGGCAGAUAUCGCAGUCUGCGGCGGAACCUCGCUGAAGCGCGAAACUCGGGCUUGCCCUACGUGGUGACGCCUUGGAACGUAUACUCGACGUUGUGGCUGGCAACAGUGGCAAUAUUCCUCCCGCUGCUGAGGAAGCUCCCUAAGAGGUUUCACGGAUUGUGGCUCGUCUUAUUAGACAAUGAGUGGUCUCACCGCGUCGGCUACGCACCCUUCGAAGCUCUAGGCUCCGACGUCUUCCUCGUUGUGUCCCCCCGCAAAAUCAACGCCUACGUGGCUGAUGCGGAGGUAAUAACACAAAUCACGACGCGGCGGGCAGACUUCCCCAAACCGCUGCGUCUCUACAAGCGGAUCGACUUGUAUGGGAAGAACGUCAUUUCCACCGAGGGCGCCGCCUGGCGCAUGCACAGGAGACUCACGGCCCCGAGCUUUGGGGAGAAGAACAAUGAACUCGUCUGGAACGAGUCGCUGCAUCAUGCGCAGGCGCUGGUGAAGCUGUGGGCAGGGACGGAGCAGAAGGGGAAUAUGACAGUGAAGGAGCCGAAUCAGGGAGCUAUGCGGUUUGCGCUUUACAUCAUCAGUCGAGCGGGUUUCGACGUCCGGGUCCAAUGGCCUCACGAAGAGAAGGACAACCCUUCAACGCAGCCGAGCGAGAAAGGCUCACUCAGUCGCUUCGCCGGCUCCAAACCGCCGCCAGGCCACAAGAUGAACUACCGCCAGGCCAUCAGCACGCUCCUCGAGGGAAUCGUCUGGACGCAGAUCGGCCCACCCAGCUUCCUCACCAAAUCCCCCUUCAAGGUCCACCGCGAUGUCGGCACCGCCGUCCAAGAAUUCGGCGCCUACAUGUCCGAAAUGUUCGACGCCAAAUCCGCCGAAAUCUCCCGCGGCGAGGAGGGAACCCCAGGCAUGGACCUCUUCCAAGCCAUGCUCCGCAACAGCGGCAUCCUCGACCCCCACCAAACAUCCGACCUCCGCAAGAGCGACCUCCUAGGAAACGCCUUCGUCCUUAUGGUCGCCGGCCACGAAACCACGGCCAACGCCCUGCACUUCUCGCUGCUCUACCUCGCCAUGAACCCCGCGACGCAGAAGCGCCUCCAAGCCUCCAUCGACAAGGUCCUCGCCUCGAAACCCAUCUCGCAAUGGACCUACGAGGACGACUUCCCCAAACUCUUCGACGGCAUGCCCGCUGCCGUCAUGAACGAAACCCUCCGCCUGACCCAACCCAUCAUCAAUAUUCCCAAAUCCACCGAUCCGGGGCGGCCCCAACCCAUCUCCAUGAACGGCAAGGAAUACCUCAUCCCAGGCGACACGCACGUCUCGCUCUGCAGCGCCGUCCACCGCAACCCCAAAUACUGGCCUUCGACUCCUUCUCCCUUUUCCUCCUCCCUGCACUAUCCAGACGGACAAGACCCCUUUGCCCGCAAAGACCAGGACCUCUGGCGUCCAGAACGCUGGCUUUCUCCCUCGUCCUCGUCCUCGUCCUCUACCUCCUCUACCUCCUCCCCUCCAUCCACAGCCACAGCCACAGCCACAGACCCCGAAGACACCACAAACAGCGACGAUGAAUCCCUCCGCGGCCCCACGGGCCACUUCACGUCCUCGCACCUCUUCAAACCGCCCAAGGGCGCCUACAUUCCCUUCUCGGACGGCUACCGCUCGUGCAUCGGCCGCCGCUUCGCGCAGGUCGAACUGCUCGCUUGCUUCGCCGUCAUUUUCUCGGCCUGGAGCGUCGAGCUCGCCGUCGAUGAGUGGGCUUCUGACGAGGUGGUGGAGCGCAUGCCGAGGGGUGGGAGGGAGAGGAAGGACGUGUGGGAGUGCGCGUGGAGGAGGGCCGAUAGGGCGUUGGCGAGGGGGUUGAGCAGUAUCAUCACGUUGCAGUUGAGGGGCGAGAGUGUGCCCAUACGGUUGGUGAGGAGGGGCGAGGAAAGGUUUGUCCUUGAGUAGUAUGGACGCAGUGAUGGAGGCUUUUGUGUUGUGGGUGCGAGUGUUGUAGAUUACGAAGGGCUGCGAUCAGGCAGCCAUGUACAUCCUACGUCUGCAGACCAAGACUCCAGACUGAAUAGAUAUGACUAGCAAGUUCAAAAAUAGAGACACGGAACUUCGUGGACA